AGGCCGUAUCGCGUCUCCAACUGGUUUCCUCCUAUUCCUCCUCUUUUCUUCAUCACAAUUGCCCAUGCGACUUUGACCUUUGCGCCUGUAAAUCACAUUCUGAAGUAUACAUUGCACCAACACAACUCGGCUUUCAUACCCGUCGGAGGGUCCGAUGAGACCGGUUCCAAUAAGGUCGUCAAACAGUCCAGUCCAGUCGAGUCGAGAGAGGACAGUCUUUUGGGCUGA